CGUUAGCUUUGUUGGUUUGAGAAGUCGCGUUGUUACAAAUUGUACUGUGGUAAUAGGUUAUGUACAAUAGGUUAAAAAAAAUUAUCAAGUAAUUUUUAAACAUUGUCCCUAUUUUCACAAAAUCGGAGAAAAUGGACUUCAUAAAACAACUUCCAAAGUCAAAUUCCUUGUUGGUUUUGUGCUCAGAAAGUGACUUAGAAGGAUUUAAAAAAGAAACGAAUGAAUUUGACAAGGCCAUAAUUACAACAUUAAAGAAUCUCUCGAGUAUUCAGAAUGAUUCAGCAAAUGUAGUUGUUUCAAAUUUGCCAGAAAAGGAAUUCAACAAGGAAACUUUGAAAAAGUUAUUGAAUAUAUUGAAACCUGGCGGCGAAUUAUUCCUUUCUCAACAGACUAAUGUAGAACGUAUCAAGUUUGAACUUAUCACAAAUGGCUUUAUGAAUGUUGAAGUAACAGAAGGUAACAUAAGGGCAGUAAAACCGACAUUCCAAGUAGGCUCUUCGGCGUCUUUAGUUUUACCAAAAAGAGCGCCAGGUGUUUGGAAAAUAGACGAUUCGUUAGAUGAAGAUAUUGAAACCAUUGAUCCCGACGACUUGUUAGAUGAAGAUGAUUUGAAAAAACCAGAUCCUACGUCACUCCGAGUGUGCGGCACUACGGGCAAACGCAAGGCUUGUAAAGACUGUUCGUGUGGAUUGGCUGAAGAAUUAAAAGCGGAGGUGAAGACAGGCAAAAUAAUUGACACCGUUGAUAAUCCGAAAUCCUCUUGUGGCAGCUGCUAUUUAGGCGACGCAUUUAGAUGUGCUUCUUGUCCAUAUCUGGGGAUGCCUGCGUUUAAGCCUGGAGAGAAAAUCCAGUUGAUGGGCAAUCAGCUACAGGCUGAUUUGUAAUGUGGUUAUCUUAUUUUACAAUCUUAAUUUAUUUGGGAUUAAAUUAGUUUCAUCACAGAAAUGAUAAUUGCUUAGCUGUAAAAUUAGAAAAUAACGCAACUUGACUUUUUUUAAAGGUGAAUAAUGAGUAUCAAAUAUUUGCUAAAUAAAAUUGUUCCAUAAAUAUGUAGUACUAAUUUAUGACAUGCGUUUUGUUGUUGUACAAUGAGUCUCGUCAU